AUGCACUCCUCCACAUAUAGCUACUCAGUUCCUGUCGUGAAGAGAUUAGUAAAAGUCCUAAUAGAAGCAGGAGGAGAAGAUGUUCGUGCAGCAGAUAAAUAUGGAAUAACCCCUUUACAUUUUCCUGACGAUGCAGAGACAGUAAAAACUUUAAUAGGAGCGGGAGCAAAUGCUAAUGCAGUAGAUAAAGACAAGCGCACUCCUUGUUUACAUUGUAUCAAGCAAGCAAGGGUGCACAGAUACUGA